AGGUGCCAGCGCGGGGGACCAUGCCAUGCCGGAGGGAGGAGGAAGAGGAAGCCGGCGAGGAAGCGGAGGGGGAGGAAGAGAAGGACAGCUUCCUCCUGCUGGAGCAGUCGGUGACGCUGGGCAGCUCGGGCGAGGUGGACAAGCUGGUGGCCCAGAUCGGCGAGACGCUGCAGCUGGACGCAGCGCAGGACAGCCCGGCCUCCCCGUGCGCUUCCCUGGGGGCGCCGCUGCGGGCCCCGCGGCCCCAGGCGGCGGUGCGGGCGGACGAGGGCCCAGCCGCGGCGGUGCAGCUGCUGCUGCCGCCCUCCUCAUCUGAAGGGGUGGGCCCGGCGCCCCCGGGGGCUCUGCGCUGCGCCCUUGGAGACCGCGGGCGUGUGCGGGGCCGGGCUGCGCCCUACUGCGUGGCCGAGCUUGUGGCAGGCCCCAGUGCGCUACCCACACUGCCCCUUCAGCCGGGCCAGGAUGGGCCUCUAGGAGCUGGCAAGAGGGGUGUCUCACAGCAGCUGUCAGGUCCGUGCCGGCGAGGAUGGCUCCGGGGCGCUGCCGCCUCUCGCCGCCUGCAGCAGCGACGCGGAUCCCAACCCGAAACCCGCACAAACGACGACGAUCCGCACCGACUCCUGCAGCAGCUCGUGCUCUCGGGAAACCUCAUCAAGGAGGCUGUGCGGAGGCUUCAUUCGCGACGCUUGCAGUUACAUACAAAACUUCCCCAACGCCCGCUCCUAGGGCCUCUGUCGGCCCCAGUGCAUGAGCCCCCUUCUCCCCGCAGCCCUCGCGCGGCCUGCAGUGACCCUGGCGCGUCUGAGAGGGCGCAGCUCAGAACUGGCGAUGGCGUUCUAGUCCCUGGCAGCUAACACUCCCUCGGCGGCUACAGGACCAGCCUCUGACUGGAGGGCAAGGGGUUCACCAGAGGGCUCCAGUACUACUCAGGCUGGUGGAGAACUCUUUCGAAGGCAAGAGAAAUAAGCUAAUGAAGACGAGGAACUGUAAAAUCGCGAAUGUUGUCGCAGGGAACUGAGCGCGAGGGCCCCAAUCUAUUUGAAAUACAGGACUUAACUGGCCCUAUUUAAGGCAGAGUUUGCAGAGUGCACCCCAACCUCACAGUAGGACUCCUUAUUUAGCAGGACCCGACCUGGCCGCAAAGCGUGCAGGUCUGCGCAGCUUCCCGGGGCCACGGGGCCUUGGCCCACAGGGUCACCAGGCCCUGUGGCCAUAGUCCACUGUUCUUAGGAUCACUAUAUGCCGUAACCACGGAAGAUGAUCCCAGUUACCCACUUUUGCUUUUCAGGGCUGGUUCCUGAUCCGCUUUGGGGGAGGAGAACAUGAGUAGAUAGUAAUUUCAGGGAGCGCCCCAGUCUGGCAGACUUGAACAUCUACCAUACUUUUUUUUUUUAAACCCAUCUUGUUUCUUUUGGGGUGCUGGUUCUUAAUAUAGAACAUGCGGUACCAUGAAAGGACCCUCUUGGGGUUGAAUAGGAGUAACCUCUGCCCUCUCUUUGCAACUGUCUGCUGUUUUCAGAGUAGUGGGGGAAGGCCGUACGCCGCGGGUGGGCAUAAGGAAGUGGGGGUAUUGAAUAGUAGAAUGAGGCAUUGAGUGAACCCUGUGGCCUCUUUAA